AUGAUGAAGACAGGCUUCCAGCGGGUGGCAAGACUUGUUCACAACAAAGCUCUCCCCAGAAACCUUCAAAUCCUGCCGGGACUCCAACAGGCCUCAGCAUUUGGAUCCUCAACAGAUUCCCUGGUUGCAAGAUUCUGCCCAAAGAAGUCAGAUUUGAAGGAUUAUGCCCUUCCCAAUGCCACCUGGUGUCCAGAUAUGCUGAGCCUCUACCAAGAAUUUCUGGAGAAAUCCAAGUCAGGCAGCUGGAUUAAACUACCCUCCUUCAAAUCCAACAGAGAGCAUAUCCAAGGGCUUAAGCUCCCGUCGGGGCUGGUAGCUGCCUCAGACAAACAGGACUGGCGCAUCUUCACCCGAUGCAUCCAACUGGAAGGACAAGGCUUUGAAUAUGUCAUCUUUUUCCACCCAUUUGAGAAGAAGUCAGUCUGUCUUUUCCAGCCAGGCCCCUACCUGGAGGGGCCACCAGGGUUUGCCCAUGGAGGGUCACUGGUAGCCAUGAUGGAUGAGACAUUUUCUAAAACCGCCUAUCUGGCUGGAGAAGGAUUAUUCACACUAAGUCUUAACAUCAGGUUCAAAAACUUGAUCCCCGUGGGCUCUCUGGCUGUCCUGGACAUUCAAGUAGAAAAGAUUGAGGACCAGAAGCUUUACAUGUCCUGCAUCGCCCAGAGCAGAGACAAGCAGACAGUCUAUGCCAAAUCCUCUGGUGUUUUUCUUCAGCUGCAGCUGGAAGAAGAGUCAUCCCAGGAGCAAUGA